UGGCGGCAGCAGUAUUAUCGUGUACAGUCAGGUUUCUGUUGUAAAAAAUACUCGCCACCGGUUUCGAAGGUCUUUUACAGUUUGACACUUUCCAAAAGCAUUGCGCUUUGGGAUUUCAGUCUUGUUAGAGAUGGCGAAUAUAAGGUUCUUAUGCGUGCAAACGGCUUUAAUGUGCUGGCUAUCUUUUGGCACCGCACAGUUGCCGCAUCCUGGCUGCACCUUCACAUCGGAAGCUCUGCUGAGCUGCAGUGCCCUCGAUAUUGUCAUUCCCACCAAUUUCGAUGUGAACCGCAUUCCGACGUCCACGCAAAAAUUGGUUAUCGGCGUGAAUAAUGAACUGGAAGAAGUGAUCAUGAGUGCGCGGGCGACUCCCCUGCCAGCCAGCCUUGAGGCGUUGCGCGAGGUGACACUCUACGGAGUCAACAGCUUUUCGGACGAUGUUAACCAGGCCGGAGUGGCGGUCCCUUUUUUGUCCAAUGUCCGCGGCAAUAUUGCGUAUCUCAAUCUGAAAUACUCGUUUAUGGGGAAUUUGAGCGCAGAGGCUUUCCAAGGAUUCUCCCGGUUGGAGCGGUUGCGCUUGGAAACCUGUCGAAUUCAGACCGUGCAUGUGCGAGCGCUGGCGGGGUUGGCAGCGUUGCGGGAAGUAGAUCUGUCGGGCAAUCAGAUGGAAACGUUAGAUUGGUCGGUGUUCCAACCGGUGGCAGAUAAUCUUGAGCACAUUGCAAUCCGAUGGGUUACCCCUCUGAAAUCACUGACACUGAGCCGCAACUUCACCUUCGCCAAACCCAUCGGCCGCCUGCUCGACGACGCCGGGCUCCUCCGAUUUCCCUCGACAGGCAUCCUCGACACCAUGAGAAUAACGAAUGGAACAACGAAAGGUACAACGAAGGGAACAACAAAGGGAACAACAAAGGGAACAACGAAUGGAACUACGAAGGGAACAACGAAGGGAACAACGAAUGGAACUACGAAGGGAACAACUACGAAAACAACGAAUGGAACAACGAAGGGAACAACGAAUGGAACAACGCAUGGAACAACUAUGAAAACAACAAAGGGAACAACGAAUGGAACAACGAAGGGAACAACUAUGAAAACAACGAUGGGAACAACGACUGGAACAACGAAUGGAACAACGACGAGGACAACGAAUGGAACAACGAUGGGAACAACUAUGAAAACAACGAUGGGAACAACGACGAGAACAACGAAUGGAACAACGAUGGGAACAACGAAUGGAACAACAAAGGGAACAACGAUGGGAACAACGACCAGAACAACGAAUGGAACUACGAAGGGAACAACUAUAACUACAACGAAGGGAACUACAAAUGGAGCAACGAAUGCAACAACAAGGGGAACGACGAUGGGAACAACGACAAGAACAACGGAUGGAACUACGAAGGUAACAACUAUAAAUACAACGAAGGGAUCUACAAAUGGAACAACAAGUGCAACAACAAGGGGAUCGACGAUGGGAACAACGAAGGGAACAACCACAAGAACGACGGAUGGAACUACGAAGGAAGCAACGAAUGGAACAACUAAGGGAACAACUAACGGAACAACGGGGGUGACUACUACUAAGCCGACGGAUGCGACGAAUCCGGGCGGUGCUGCUGCCAGCCAUGAAGCUGCCUCCGGAAUCGUGCUCAUCUUUGUUGUGAUGUCUAUGAAUAAGUGUGGGCUGCUGUGGUGAAAUCCAUCCCCGUCCAGUAAUCUUCGUCAAUUUCAUCUGUUUUUGAUUUAAAUACGAUGCCCUUUCAGCUUUUUAUUUCUGAAACAAGUCUGCUUUCUCAGUCAUUUUCAUGAACUCUCGCAUUUGACCAUUUCUGGUGAGCAUUGCCUUAUUCCGGUUAACGUAAUCUGUGAGGUUUGCCAUAGCAUUAUUUGUGGUUAUAAGGUUUUUGAAAGUUACAAUAAUUUUUUUUAGAACACAGCAACGAUAUACGUAAUAUUGAAAUAUAAUAA